UUUUUUUUUUUUUUUUAUAUUUCAUUAAAUUUUGCUAACGUCUCAUGUUUCUGGGGCACUCUUGUCUUCUAAACCACGUUGAUUUAUUCUCUUCUUAAUCAUUUUCAAAUUCCGAGUCCUAGUUUCUAGGUAAUUCAUGCACAAUUCGCUUCUUCUUGCUAAACACUUGACCUCUACUCGAUGCAUUGCAUAAAGCUGGUUUCUUCGAUUGUUUGGUUUCUUCAAGACGGGUUUGCCUUAAAGUGGUAUGCUUCACCUGAAAAUUUUUGUUUAAGACUAUUUUAUGGCGUUGGCGGUUGGGUUUUGCUCAAGAUUUGACUUGUACGGGGUAUUCUCAAGAAAGACUUUUCCUAGGUAGGUUGAAAGCUGGCAUUGCUGUGAGCUAUUAAUGCAAAUCUACCUUAAAGCGUCUACGAGUUUUUCACCAAACGGAUUUUGAGAUUUUGGCAACUAUCAACUGCGUUACUGGCUUUCAUCACAAUAAGGACUCUGAAGUUUGUGAGAGGCAAGAAAAAGAGAUCUGUUCUUACGAAAUGGGGCACUAUGCAGCGGUUUGGGAUCCUAGAGCUGCGAUUGAAGUGACAAAAGAUUCGAAUGGGAUUGAUCAGAUUGUGCUUCGUAGCCCUCAUGGGGCCUCUGCCAGGGUGAGCUUGAAUGGAGGACAGAUUACUUCAUGGCGGAAUGAUCGAGGCGAAGAACUCCUAUUCACCAGUAGCAAGGCAACCAUCAAGUCUCCAAAAGCUGUAAGGGGAGGAAUUUCUAUCUGUUUUCCUCAGUUUGGAAAUGGUGGUUCACUUGAGCAUCAUGGAUUUGCGAGAAACAAACUUUGGACCAUUGAGAAAGACCCUCCAUCUCUGCCUACCUUUGAUGCUAAUGGCAAAUCUUUCAUUGACUUGUUGCUACGACCAUCAGAAGAGGAUUUGAAGUUCUGGCCUCAUAGUUUUGAGUUCCGCCUCAGGGUUUCUCUGGCAUCAGAUGGAAAUCUAACGGUGAUAUCUCGUGUUAGAAACAUCAAUGGCAAACCAUUCAGUUUCUCAUUUGCUUGUCAUACGUACUUGUCCAUCUCUGACAUAAGCGAAGUAAGGAUAGAAGGAUUAGAAACAUUGGACUAUCUAGACAAUCUGUGUCAGAGAGAGCGCUUCACAGAACAAGGAGAUGCAAUAACAUUUGAAAGCGAGCUCGAUCGCGUUUAUGUUAGCACUCCAAAUUCUAUUGCUGUGCUUGAUCAUGAAAGGAAGCGAACGUACCUAAUAAAGAAGGAUGGACUGCCAGAUGUUGUGGUGUGGAAUCCAUGGGAGAAGAAAUCGAAGGCCAUGGCGGAUUUUGGAGACGAAGAGUACAAACAGAUGCUGUGUGUCGACGGUGCAGCAAUAGAGAAACCCAUCACGUUGAAGCCGGGAGAGGAGUGGACGAGCCGCGUAGAGGUUAUGGUUGUAGCCUCAACCUUUUGUGGUGAUGAUCUGUGAUGCCCUCAUGCCCCAAAGAACCAAAGUUUGCAGCAGAGCAUAAAGCUUUAUCUUUGCUCUGCUGGAGGUAUCCAUCUUUAGGUUUUGUGUAUCAUAUUAGAGCAAUGGCAAUACAAACAGGCGUAUUACAUGUCUCUAUGGGAUAUCUAUAUAUAUAAUUAGAAUGUGGACUAGCAAAGCCUAAGGUUUUUAAUGUUAACGGCUUCGUUUCACAUGUUUAUUUUAGUUGUAAACAUUUGUUUCAUGUUUUAUUAAGGGCUUUUAUUAUGUUAUGGAGUCUUUAAUUUACUGGGUCAUUGAAUCAUUUACAUUGUCUCUUGUAA